GAAACUCCCCAGGCAGGGAUUCCCCUCGGUUUGUCCUGCCCUGGUCAGGCCGUGUAGUGCUUUGACUGGACUAUUAACCAUAUUCUUGCAAUGAAGAAAGGUUCCCAUCAAGAAUCACCACCAAGAACAAAAAUGACACCAUCUCGCUCACCUAGUCCAGCAUCUCAGUUGUCCAGUACGAGAUCUAGGUCACUUUCACCUUACACCAGACUUGAGGCUCCUACUUUUCAUACUAGAGGACAGUGGUUUGAGCCAAAUGGCAUCAUGGGAGAAGGUGAUUUGUUUCUUGACUACCAGGAUGAUAAAGAUGAUCCUACUCCUGGAGUAAGGUAUAUUACAGAGGCCCUUAUUAAAAAGCUUAGCAAACAAGAAAAUUUGACAUUAGUUAAAUCUUUGAAUCUUUCCCUUUCGAAGUAUGGUGGCAAGAAAUUUAAGUACAUAGAAAACCUGGAAAAGUGCAAUAAACUUGAAGUACUGAAUCUCAGCUACAAUCUAAUUGGGAAGAUUGAGAAAUUAGAUAAGCAUUUAAAAUUACGUGAACUGAAUUUGUCAUAUAAUAAAAUCAGGAAAAUUGAAGGUCUAGAACAUAUGCAGAAUCUUCAAAAGCUGAAUCUUGCAGGAAAUGAAAUUGAUCAUAUUCCAUUAUGGUUUGGGAAGAAGUUAAGAUCCUUGAGGAUCCUCAAUCUGAAAGGCAACAAAAUAUCUUCACUCCAGGAAGUAAGCAAGUUGAAGUCACUCAAUGAUUUAACUUCUCUGGUUCUGGAAGGCAAUCCAGUAGUAGAACUUCCUCAUUACCACCUAUAUACCAUUUUCCACCUCAGAUCUCUGGAAAGUUUGGAAGAUCAGCCAGUGACAAGUCGGGACAGGCAGGAAUCUUUUGAUAGAUUUGAUUUAGAAGAGAUAGAACGACUAGAAAGAGACUUGGAAAAGAAGACAAAAGAAGCAGAAGAGCUAAAGAACAAACAGGCCCAAUUCUUGGAAGAAAUGAAAAAGCAGAAUGAGAUAAACCGAUCUUUGAAAGAGGAAAUUGCCCAGCACAAACACAGCUACAAGGAGCUUCAGAGUGACCUCAGCACCAAGAGCGAGCUGCUGGUAUCUUGGUUUCUGGCAGAUCAUUUUCUACUGAUUCUGUCUUCCUCAUUACAGUUAAAACAGAAGACUAUGGAACUCACUCGUGCUUGCCAAAAACAAUAUGAACUAGAACAAGAAUUGGCUUUUUAUAAAAUUGAUGCCAAGUUUGAGCCACUAAAUUAUUAUCCACCAGAGUACACUGAAAUUUAUGAUGUCCCAGGUGAAAGUCCUUAUAUUGGAAAAUCCAGAUAUAAAAGAAAUAUGUACACCACUGAAGGUUAUAUUGGUGAUAAUGCCCAGCCAAUACAGAUUCAAAAAAUGGAACUUUAUAAAGAAGAACUUGUAAAUGAACAAGUCCCAGGGAAACAUGCUGAAACAUUGGAUUUACACCUAAAAGAUAAAGAAAACAAAAUAAAAGCAGCCCAAGCCCAAUUGAAAGAACUGCAUAAUGAAAUGGCAAAGGCAGAGCAGAACAUUUUAAAAGCAACAGAAGAAUUUAAACAACUGGAAGAAGCCAUAAAAUUGAAAAAAAUUUCUGAAACAGAAAAAGGAGUUCUCCUCAAACAGUUAAGUGGUAAGAUACAACUCCUAAAUCAGUUACGUCAGGAAUCAAUGAAUCUAGAAAUGCAGAUGGAGAAGCAGAAUACAGAAAUAACAAAAAAAGAGAUGGAAAUAAAGGAUGCAGAAAGUGCCAUAGAUAAUCUAGAUCCCAAAGACCCAAGACAUAUUCAUGUGGAGGCUCAGAAGAAAAACAAAGAACAGCAGCUUGACAUUAUGAACAAACAGUAUCAACAGCUCGAAUGUCGAUUAGAUGAGAUACUCUCCCGGAUUGCUAAAGAAACUGAUGAUAUUAAGGACUUAGAGCAACAGCUCACUGAAGGUCAGAUAGCAGCCAAUGAAGCCCUGAAGAAGGAUUUAGAAAGUAUCAUCAGUGGCUUGCAAGAUUACCUUGAAAAUGUUAAAGGACAGGUCACAAAGGCUCAGGAUGAAUGCCAAACACUGCAGAAUGAUAAAGAAGUUUUAUUGCAAAAAGUGGCUAAACUUGAAGAAGAGAAAAUUGAGCUGGAGGUUGCUGCUAUGGAUGCAGAAAAUAUGAGAAAAGAACUUAAUGAAAUGGAAUUGUUACUUCAAGAGCAUCAAGAAGCAAACAUGUCCCUUCAACAGACCCAAAGAGAUUUAAGUGCCUAUGAAGCAGAACUUGAGACUCAGCUCAGAGCCAAGGAAGCUGAAUGUAACCAGCACAAAGAGGAACUAGAGAGGCUCAAACAACUCAAACAGUUAGAACACUUAACCCUACAAACCGAACUUGAAAAUGAAAGACAAGCCCUGGAAGAUGCUCUCAGCAAGGCCCAGUUCUCAGAAAAGAAGGAACAGGAAAACAAUGAACUAUGCUCAAAAGUCAAACAGUUGGAGGAUGACAAUAGUCUCCUAAAACAGCAGCUUGAAGAUUUUCAAAAUGAACUUGAUCAUAUGGUUGGCGGCCUGCUUCAGCCAGAAGAAGUAGCAGCUCGUGUGGAAGAACUGAAGCAAAAGUUGGAAACAGGAGUUGGGGAAAUUGGCAGGUGCCUCAAUCCUUCGGAUGUUCUAGGGAAAAGUCUUGCUGAUUUACAGAAGUGGUUCAAUGAAAUCCUUGCAUGUGCCCAGCAGGAAAAAGAGGCGGCACUAGGUAGAGAGCGAAAACUGCAGGAAGAAAUGGCAUUUCAAAAGGAGAAACUGGUAGAGGGACAAGAGGAGUACAGGAAGGCCUGUGAAAAAGCAGCAGAUGCAAAAAUUCAGUCUGAUAAAAGGCAGCAUGAAGCUAAAAUUCAACAACUAGAGAAUGAAAUUCAUUAUUUGCAAGAAAAUCUAAAGAGCAUGGAGGAAAUUCAAGGUUUUACAGAUCUUCAACUUCAGGAAGCUGAUGAGGAGAAGGAGAGGAUUCUCACACAGCUAGAAGAUUUAGAGAAUAAGAAAAAGCUAGAAGAGGCCAGGUCACAGAAGCAGUUCCUUGGGUUGGAUAGAGAACUGAAAGAGCUAAAGAAGGCUGUGGCUGCUUCUGAUAAACAAGCAACUGCAGAGCUCUGCAUUGCCAAGGACCAGCUAAAGUCUCUCCAUGGGACCAUCCUCAGGAUCAACCAAGAUCGUGCUGAGAGGCUCCAGGAAGCUGAGCACUUCAGCAGGCAGGCAGCCCAGGCAGCCCGGGACCUCACUCGAGCCGAGGCAGAAAUCGAGCUGCUGCAGAACCUUCUGAGGCAGAAAGAAAAGCAAUUUCAAGUUGAUGUGGAGAAGGCAGACACAGGUGCCUUUGAAUCAAAUUCCCAAAUGCUAGAAAUUGAUCAAUUGAAUGAUAUAAUGAAAAGACAAAGAGCAGAAAUUGAAAGGCUGUGGAGUUUACUUGAUCAUACUGGGGCUGACAGCAAAGGAGAAAUAGAAAGUCUGUUGGAUGAAAUCACAGAGCUCCGACGUACCCUUUCCCACCAGAAUGAUUACAUUAGCAGCAUAGCAGACCCUUUCAAGAGACGAGGAUAUUGGUACUUUAUGCCAUCAUCAUCAUCAUCAAAAAUUUCUAGUCCCAGAUCUCAGAGUACAAAAGACUCUGGUAUUGGCCUAAAAUACGCAUCCUUUACCCCACUCCGAAAGGAGUAUGGCCCUGGCAAGCAAAGUGAGAGAAAAGAUGUUGCAUCAGGAUAUUGGAUUUAUUCUCCAGUCAGAAGUGGACUGCAUAAAAUUUGUUCAAACAAAGGUGAAGGAAAUAGAGGAGAUAGCAAGGAAGAAAGUGAACCGGAUGGUGAAGUGGACUCUUCAUUUGUACCUCCUCCUGGAUCUGUUAUUUAUACUGUAUUUCCAGAUGGCACACCUGUCCCUCAGGGAAAUGUGCUGUAUGCUCCUCCUCCUCCUGUACCAAUUAAUGGCAGACCAUUUGAACCUGGAACAGUUAUUUAUGGCCCUCCUCCUGCUGGAACACACAUCGUUUAUGGACCUCCUCCUCCUCACUUUUCUAUCCCACUCAUUCCGAUGGGAGUCCUUCACUGCAACGUACCUGAACAUCAUAACUUGGAGAAUGAGAUUUCUAGGCUAGAAGACAUUGUACACCAUGUCAAAAUUAAGAGACAAGAAGACAAGGCAGCAAGGAAGCAGGCUAAGAGAGAAAUGGAAGAACUUCAUCAAAAUAUUGAAGAGCUUUUGCAUGAGAGAAAAGACUUAGAAGAAGAAAUGGCAGAAAUACAUAGGAACCUCCAGAAACACAGCAAACGAAAGGAUUUCUUGGAAGGACGUGGUGACAGUCUUGUUACUGAAGUAGGAAUACGUGCAUCAGCCAAACACCACAACCAAAUUAUAGAUGAAAUUGGGUGCAUUGAGUCAACUCUUCUGAAACGUCGGGCAGAGCUCAGAGAAGCAGAUCGACUCCUAGCUGAGGCUGAAACAGAACUUUCCAGCACGAAAGAGAAAACCAAAGAUACUAUUCAGAGGUACAGUGAGGUCAAGAAGCACUUGUCACGGGCAGAGCUGGAUGCACAAGAGUUAGAGCGCAGAGCCCAGGAGACAGCUGUCAAGCUAGUGAGAACAGAUCAGCAGCUAAGAUCCCUUCAGGUUGAUAGAAGGGACUUCAGGCAGAACAUGCCCGAUCAGCAAGAGAUCUUGAAAGAAAUCAACAAAGUCAUGGUUACAAGAGACCCUGACUUCUACUCCUUAAGUCAUAAAAUAGAAAAAUUGAUUGAAGGACUUCAGAAGCUGCAGACGGGCACAGAAAUUGUUGAAGAUAGUAACGAAGAUCAUCUUCAGGUCAUCAGUGGGCCUGAAUAUCUUCGCACUAAAAAAGCUGAGCUAGAAAAGGUGAAGAAUCAGAUAGCAGCCCAGCAGCAGGAGCUGUUAGUCUUGAACAUGCAUUUAACUCAUAAGAAGGAAGAGCUCCAUUUGCUGCAAGUAAGUGUGACCCAGGCAAAAGCUGACCUCCAAGAAGCCCUCAACUUAGGGGAAACAGAAGUGACAGAGAAACGGAAUCAACUUAGGGAAAUAAAGUCUAUCCUGGAAGAACUGAGUUUUCAGAAAGGAGAAUUGAACGUCCAGAUAAGUGAAAAGAAAACACAGCUCUCACUCACUAAACAGGAAGUUAGAAAAGAAGAGGAAAUCCUUCAAGAACUUCUAGGACAAAUAUCUAGGCAUAAAACAGAGAUGAAAAAUUUUCUGGACAAGUUGCAACGUGAAAACAAUGAGCUGCAGGUCCUAAAAGUACAACGUAACCAAAAAGUGACUGAGCUAGAGAAGACACAAAUUGAAUUGCUAGAGGAGAAACUAGAAUUGGAGAAACUGCAGCGCACAGCCCAACGCCAGAGAGAAGAAGUUGAGUGGCAGCGACAGCUUCUGGAAAAGGAGAAACAAGAAAUCAGCCAGCUGACAUCAGAAAUAUCCACCCUGCAGGCCAAUGUGGAAGCUUUGAAUGAGGAAAAGGAAGAUCUUGAAGAGAACUGUGAAAGUUUGGAGAAAAAGUUAGAACAAGCCAAAAGAGUGUUAGCAGCUACAGAAGAUAGCAGCAGAAUAGCAGUGUCUAACUUAGAAAAGGUGGAGCUGGAUGUCAGGAAACUACAGCAGGAAGUAGACCAGCUAAACAGAGACAAGCUCUCCUUGCACAAAGAUAUUGCUAACAUGCAACAGCAUCUACAAGAAAAGAGAGAAGAAUUAGACACCCUCAAAGAUGAACUCACUGGUGUUCAAGAUGAGUUGAAGUUGACAGAAGAGAAUCUGGAAUUGACUUCACAGCACCAGACAGCAUUGCUGAGUGAGAAAGACAGCCUGAAAGAUGACAUCAGUGAACAGAAGAGGAAGCUCCAAGAAUGCCAGGAACAAGGAGAAAAGAAGCAAUUGCAACUACAAGUACUUCAGAAUGAGAUUGAAGAAAGGAAACUGAGAAUUGCACAAGAAGAAGUGCGUCUUCAUCAAAUCCAGGAAGAAAUAGAAGGUGAAGAAGAAAAAUUAGAAGCCUGUAAAGCAAAACUGAAAGAUCAGCAGCAGUUGCUAGAUUGGGAGUUGGAGAGUCAAAAAAACAAAUUGGAACAAGUGAUCUCAAAGGUGACACUGACGGAGGAGCGAGUCAAGACCCUGGAAGAAGAGGAAAAAUGGAGUGCAGCCUUGGAGAAAACAUUAAACCAAACCAGACUUCAGCUCUCAGAACGAGAAGAACAAUUGAUAAAAAAAACAAGUGAACUCUUGGUUCUGCAGCAAGAAGUGGACCUCUCCAAAGCUGAUAUAACCCACCUUCAGAACCGUUUCCGGUUUGAGAAAGAGAAAGCUGAAAAACAAAUUGCAGGCCUGAAAGAAGCAAUCAGGACCCAGCGGGCCCAAAUGGAAAAAGCACUUCUUGAUCAAAGACACGAGAACAGUUGUAUGCAGAAGGAAAUGGCAGCAAUUGAGCAAGUUGCACAUGAUAACCACGAGCGAGCCAAGAGACUAAUGAAGGAGCUUAGUCAGAUGCAGUACGAUUAUCUGGAGCUCAAGAAGCAGCUAAAAAACCAAAAGGAUUUGGAUCAACAACAUAAGGAAAUUAAUGCGGCAAUGAAGCAACUAAAAUUAGAAGUGAAAAGCGAACUCAGAACUGGCCUUAAGAAUUUCAACCAGUCUCUUCCAGAGUCACUAGAAGAUCUAGAUGCCAUUUUUGAAAAAGCAGAAACCCUAGAGAAUGAAUUGGAAAGUUUGAAAGAGAACUUUCCAUUUUCCACCAACGAGGAGCGACAGUAUUCUUUUGAAGAGAAGCUAAAUUUGUCCAAAGUUCACAUCAUGGAGGAGCACUGGCGUGGAGAAGCAAUGAGAGAGAAACUACGUCACCGUGAAGACAGACUCAAGGCCCAGCUCCGCUGCUGUAUGUCCAAACAAGCAGAGGCCUUAAUGAAAGACAAACAACAAACAGAAGGUACUUUACACAGUUUGAAGAGACAAGUUGAUGCUUUAGAUGAACUGGUUACCAGCACUACUGCAGAUUCUGUGUUUCUGGCACCCAGCUUAUCACAACUAGAAGUCUCCCUACUUGAAGACUCUCAUCUCACAAGGAGCCAGGGAAGAGCCUUGUCACAGUGACUUGGCCACAAGAGACACUUGGAACAUUUUUUGCCUUCCAUACCUGAGGAAAUAUCUACUACCUCACUAAGUGGCAAAUCAGAGUCCCUCUUAUCUGACCUUGCUUACCAACUCAAGAUGCAGCACCUUCUUCCCAAGGACAGCAUGUUUUAUGCUAUGAAUGCAGAUUUUUAUUUGACAUAUGGAAAUACCAAUGCAUAAAAUUUAAACAGGGUAUGAAGCUAAUGCCACAAGUUUUAACGCCACUCCUUUGAAAUGGACAUUGAAGGGUGUAAAUUAAAAGGUCUGUACUGAUGUAGCAGAACACCGUGCUGAAUUUAAAUUCUUCUACAUUUGUUAAUCUUAUCAAGUUUGUGUUUUGCGUGAAAUAUAUUUUCAUAUAAAAACGAUUAAACAAA